AUGCAGGUGCUCUCUCCGCCCAAUCCGAGAAAUGCCGGAUUCAAUCGGCAUAAAGGAUCUCAGAAGGCAUUAGCUUCAUUUCGAUUCCUGAUGUAAGGGGCCACGGUGUCGCGGGCUUAAGUUUAAAUCUAAGCGGGUUUCUGGAGGCGACUGAUCGGGUAUGGCAAUUGAGAUGGGCUUAAGGAGGGUUAACAUCAAGUGACGUGAUGUUUUGUACUAGUAUCUGAGCAUCACGUCAGUAAAUGCUGAAACUAAAUUUCAUUUUUUCAAAAAACCUUAUUUUGGUUCAGUGUCUAAUAUUUAGGUAACAAAAGCGAUAUUGUAGUAGUUUAUCUAAGUGAAUUUACAUGAUCAUUUUUCAAAACUGCAAACAUAUUUUAAAUAUCGUCAUUAUACGCGUAUACCACCCAAAAUAUAAAAGUUACAGUAUCUUCAAUUUCAGCAUCAGAGUGGCGGUCCCAGCCCCACUCGACUCAGCCAAAGUGGAAUCAGCUAACUUGACGAAGCCAGAAGAAGACAAUCAACCGGUCGACUGUGUGAGCUCAGCCUUUGGCAACAUCAACCCCUUUACCUACAACACGUUCUCGGCCGCGAUGAACUACAUCCCCAACACGGCCAUCAACUCGGCCGCCAACAUGGCCGCCGCCUACUUCACUAAACAAAGUUACCCCACCGCCCCACAGUUGUCGUUCGCGUCGCCGGUGGCUACGGCUGCCGCCAACUUCCUCCAACCCACGAUGGGCUUCUCGCUGCCGGACUGCCCCACCUGGUCCAACGGACCACCUCCAAGGUCGGAUUCCAUUCCCCAGUCCUCCACCUCACAUCUGUUCGGCCACACUUUCAUUCGGUCUGAUAAGUUUGGGGAUUAAGCCAAGUUGGUUCGGAGGCUGAACCUGGCCUAAUCUUCAACUGAUUGUUGUUGUGGUUGACGCUGUCCGCUGACAAUUAGGUUGAUUAACGUGAACGACGCCUUUUAGUGGUGUACUGUAGCUUCUACGGUGGUUUUAAACCAAGUAAUGUAAAUGUUAUGGUAACAUAUGUAGUAGAUGUUAUGUUACUCUACAUUGUAUAACACAACUUUAGGCUUAUAAACUUACAAGUUCAUGUUGCUCAACCUAAUUGUCAUACUUAAUGUCAUUCUUUUCCCUUACUAUCACUUGUCCAUGUUUCUUACUGUACUUAAUUUCAGAAAACAGCGAAGAGAGAGAACGACAUUCACCCGUGCCCAAUUAGACGUACUCGAAAGUGUGUUCGCCUCCACAAGAUACCCAGACAUCUUUACUCGCGAAGAAAUGGCAGUUCAGAUUGGUCUCCCAGAAUCACGAGUUCAGGUGAGUACUGUUACACUUCUUUGAAGUACUGUGACCUUACUAUUGUAAAAAAAUUAAAAUUUGGAGUUACAUAUAUUGUCUUUUAGUUACAGGUAUUUAACCUAUACCUAUAAACUCUUUUCAUAUUUUAUAACAAGAGCUAUUAUUGUAAUAGGAGCUUUACCAUCUCUAGAUUGCCUUAUUUUCCAAACUUUUUUCAAAUUCCACCCAAACCUUUAACUUUUUGUCGCGAUACAAAAGAAUUUCCUGCCGCAUGGAAUCUCUUUACCGUAGCCGAAGACGUCUGAUCGUGUUGUUUGAUCAAACCUUCUAUUUGUCGCAAAACGUAAAAAAAGCGGUCGACUGCACAAUUCUACAGUAACCCGUUGUAGGUAUGGUUCAAGAAUCGACGAGCGAAGGCGCGACAACAGAAGAAGUCGCAGAGUCACAACCAGACGGCAGCAGCUGUCAAGAAGGGCUCGGGAAGUAGCGAUGGCAGUUCCGGCAACUCUGGCAGCUCCAACUCGUCGUCCAGUUCCAAUUCGGAACAGCCGAGCUCGGGAGACUGUGCUGACGUGAGUUUUUAGAAGUAGUUUUUUGGUCGAAAAAUACAUAGAAAAGUAAAAAAUGACAGUUUAAUUACGUAUUAACUUUAAACUAGGUUUUGUCGCAAAUAAAAAAGUAAAUUAAGAUAUUGUUUUAGUUUCCGAUCAAGACCGAAGAAGGUCUGAACGAGCCCAGCUCAGUCGGGAGUGCCGAGAUGCAGAAUGGCAGCGACAACCCUCUGGACAUAAAGAACGUGGCGUCGCUGUCGCAGUCGUAUCUGGACGUUUGUAAUUCGAAUUACACCAGCUACCCUUCUGUGCCGUUCCGAACCCAACCCUACGCCUCCACCGCCAGCUACUACACCCCCGGAGGGUCUGGCAUGGACUACCUACAGUACACCACUCCCGUCACAAACGCCGCAGGCAGUUAUUCCGGCGAACCGUGGAAGUUCAACAUGAGUGGAUGA